AUGGCCUCUACUGUUGGACUUUAUGUCGCAAUCUACAAAGACGAAGGUGUAUACAAGCACUGGGGUCUCUUCGUCGACGGACCCACGCAAGAUCAACGAAUGCUCCUCCAUGUCGAAGGCUCCUCCACCAGAUUUCGCUUGACAGAAAAGUUGAUUCAUCUUAUCAACGUGCCUGUCUCCAGCAUCACUGCUAUCGAUCAAGCAGCAGAAGAAGCACCAAUCCACAACCAGUACCCGGGCUAUAACUGCCAGGACUAUGUUCUUGAGCUUUUGGAUGACUUGGAGACCCGAAGACUCAUCGACGGAAAAGACGCAACGUAUAAGAGGCAGAAGGCUCUUGUCGCAAGCAAACAAGAGGGGCUUUGA